UUAUGAGAAAGUUCAUUUGUGGCCUCAACAUAAUAAUUCGUCUCACGUCUUAUUACAAAAAAAAUCACCAUGUCACCUUAGGGGUUCCGUAGAUCUAUAAUUGCACGUGCUGGACGUUUUCCAGCGCUCCCGAACGCGCACGCGCACACCGGAUACGCAGGCUCGCAGGAGAGAGCUGCGGAGAUUGAGCUCCGUUAGAGGCCCUUUAAACCCAGAACAGCAGCCCGGAGUUUCUGUUCAUACGGACUCGCGGCUCCGCACCGACGGCGCGAUGCUUCUGAAAAUCACGGAUUAAAUGGAAGAAACAGCCGCCGGCGCGAGAGAACCAGCAGCUGCACGAGGGAGGACGGACGGACAGAGGAAGGCAUGGACAGAAGACACGGAUAGCCUGCCCUGUACCCCGGUCACAAUUGUGCACACAUUCUUACAAGGCUAAAUAUAGGCUGUCUGACGGUGCUUUUUCAAGACAAACUGCAGCCCCCAUUUGCACUUAGACCUGCCAGUCUACAUAGGAGCCACUUGCGCCACUGGUUUGUAUUGGAGAUCCCCAUCUGUUUUACAGACAAACAUAGUGUUUAUAGAUAUUCGAAAUGCCAUACAGUCAGAGUCGAGCGAGAGCCAGAGACCGCGGAAACGUCCUUGGAAGGCUGGAGUUUUUAUCCCUCCAUCAGCCCCUGCGAAACAGCAGCAACGACAACAACCGGGGGGCAUCCAGGAGAGCCGGCCCAGGCAAGUAUCAUCAAAACCCACAGAGUGACCACCAGCAAGAACCUGGCGAAGGUUCCAAAGAGCGAAAAGAACCGCCGAGGAUGCCAGAAGAAGACUGCAUGCAGCUCAACCCUUCCUUCAAAGGCAUCGCCAUGAACUCCCUCCUGGCCAUCGAUAUACAUUUAUCCAAGCGGCUCGGAGUUUGUGUCCACACCUCGUCAUCCUGGGGCAGCGUCCGCUCUGUUUUCACACUGCUCGCGCUCACCGGACAUGGAAUCACAUGGAUUUGUGGCACACUGGUGUGUCUCACCAGGAGCAGCACUCUAGCUGGACAGGAAGUCCUGGUCAAUCUGCUGCUGGUGGUCAGGACCCCCAUGGACCCUCACAGAGCAGCGCUCAUUCUCGACAUCCUGACGGUGGCUGGAGUCCAGAAACUGGUCAGGCGUAAAGGACCAUGGGAAAUGACCCCAGGCUUCCUGGACUACGUGGCGAUGGACGUGUACUCGUUCCCAGCGGCUCACGCUAGCAGGGCGGCGAUGGUGUCCAAGUUCCUGCUGUCUCACCUGGUGCUGGCGGUGCCCCUGCGGAUCCUGCUGGUGGUCUGGGCCUUCCUGGUGGGGCUGUCCCGGGUUCUUCUGGGCCGACACCAUGUCACGGACAUGGCCUGCGGCUUCGCGCUGGGUUUACUACACUUCAGCCUGGUGGAGACGGUGUGGCUCUCGUCUAACGCCUGCCAAACGCUCAUCUCCAUAGGAACACUCAGCUGGAGCCCAUUCCCCUAAAACAGAACUCCGUAGAGCUGAAACAGACGUUCUCACAGCACCGCAGAACUGCGGAACGGUUCUCUGCAGCUCAGAAAGAGCGUCACGCAAGAAGAAUCAGAAGAAGUUAUUAACUCCAGACUGUUUGUAUUUUUUGUUUCUGUUUUGUUUGUAUUGAAAUAUAUACAAUUUUCACAUGUGAUUAUGUGAAACACUAUUAUUAUUAUUAUUAUUAUUAUUAUUAUUAUU